AUGCGCUUCUCCGUCGUCUCCUUUGUCGCUGUUUGCGCCAUGAUCGCUGGCCCCGCCCUCGCUCAUCCAUCCAGCACUCCCUACAACGGCUACCUGUGUCCAGAAUCUGACCAACAGGGCCACGGCCAAGUGUCGGGCAAGUGCGACUCCCCUCCCUUCGCUAACGACUACUUCGGAUGCACCUUCUACAACGGCAGAGGCACUGGAACCAACACUUGUACAUAUCACAAGACCACUGGACAAUGCACGUCAUCCAAUAGUUACUGCCCCUCGACGGCGUCGCACUCUAGCACCAAGAAAAAGCGCUCCCCCGUGGCAGCCCCUGCUACUCCUGGUGGUAUCUCGUACAACAAGCGCUCGUAUAAGAACCGCGCUGCCAACUAG